UAUCCUCACCUUUACUGCAAAACCAACGAAGAUCCCAACAAGAGACAACAUCAAGAUGAUCCUUUUAUGGAUUACACUGCUUCUUCUCCAUCAAGGAUGUGGACUGAUUCCAGUGACCAUAGUUCAACUUGGUGAAUCUGCAACCUUCACAUGCGUUUACCCUGAUUGGGAGCAUAGCAAUACACGAGUCAAGUGGUACAAACAGAGUGUUGGUGAUUCUCUUACAUUAAUUACUACACUGUUGAAAGGCACUGAAAAUCCUGCAUUUGAAAAAGGGUUUCCUCACUAUCGUUUCAAUGUAAAACAUCUAGUUAACAUGAGCUCUCUGACCAUUUUGAAGACAAUCCAAGAUGAUAAGGCAAUGUAUCACUGCGCAGUCACUACGUGGAUCAAGGAUGAAUGGACGAGCACAUAUUUGUCUUUAGAAGGAAACACUCUGAGGGCGACAAACGUUACUGUUGUUCAGUGGCCGACACUAUCCGAUCCAGUUCAUCCAGGAGACUCCGCCACUCUCCAGUGCUCAGUCCUCUCUGACUCUGAGAACAAGAAAUGUCCAGGGGAGCACAGUGUAUACUGGUUUGGAGUCAGAUCAGAUACGUCUUAUCCUAACAUCAUCUACACUGUUGGAAAUGAACCAAAUGAGUGUAAGAAGACAUCGGACACUCAGAAGAGUUGUGUUUAUCACCUCUCAAAGAACUUCAACUCCUCUGAUGCUGGGAUUUACUACUGUGCUGUGGCCACAUGUGGAGAAAUAGUAUUCGGAGACGGAACAAAACUGAACAUUGAAGGAACCGGCUUACGGUCUUUUGGAGAUUUACAGACUGGCGAUGUAUUUCUGCUUCUGCCGUCUGUGGUCUCGGCUAUUAGUGUGAUUGUUAUAGCCAUCCUUAUUCACGCCAUCAAGAAAAGCAAGUGUGAUUAUUGCCAUGACAAGGGUAAGUAUAGUCCCUCUCUAUAUCUCACAUUAGCUGAUGCUAAUAUCAGUAUUUAUCAAAAACGAGGUUAUCCUUAUCUAUUUCUAAAUUAUUUUGUUCAUAUUGUAGCUGCUGUGUCCCUGCAAGAAAAUGUUGCAAAAAUAAAUGUAAAGAGAAAUGAAGACCCAUGGAUGUAUUCUACUGUCGUCUUUACCGUCAUGGAAACCAGCAUUGGUGUAACGAAGGAGGGAAAAGCAGCAAAGAGAGAGAGGAUCUACGAUGCUGCCAAGGCUUUUUGAACGGAUUAGCUUGUUAGAAGUGGACGCCGCUAGGGCUGACACAUAUUAUUUUUGCUCACAGAUCGGACAGCAAGCGGAUAAUGAGAUGUAUCCUGAAUUUGACAAUUGUAUUGCAUUAAAUAAGCAGACUGCAGCUUGCCUGUUUGAGUUUUAAAGCUAAAAGCUGUUAUACCAUGUGUGAUUUAGCUUGCAUUGAGCCUAUGAUGUUUCUCUGGAAUAUUCUUUUGUUCAUAUGCUUACAUGUAAAAAUACAUGAUUAAAAUAAAAGGGCAUUUUGUUCCAUU